AUGGUGGUUAAAACCUUUAAUGUUUGCAUCUACAGAAAUAUGCAAUUUGGAAUGGUUACCAUAGAAGUUGGACGAAUAGAGCAUUAUAAUCCUGAGCAAGUGUUCUGUUUUGUCCAUAGGACCACACAAAAUCAGACUGCUGGGGUGACCUUCAUCCUGCUAGGCUUCUCAGAAUAUCCCGACCUCCAGGUGCCACUCUUCCUGGUUUUCCUCACCAUCUACACUGUCAGCGUGCUGGGCAACCUGGGCAUGAUCACCAUCAUCAGGCUCAGUCCCAAGCUCCACACCCCCAUGUACUUUUUCCUCAGUCACUUGUCCUUUGUGGAUUUCUGUUAUUCUUCAGUCAUCACGCCCAAGCUCUUGGAGAAUCUGCUUGUGGAGGACAGAAGCUUCUCUGUUGCAGGCUGCAUCACCCAAUUCUUCUUUCUAUGUACUUGUGCGGUAACAGAAACCUUUAUGUUGGCCGCCAUGGCCUAUGACCGAUUUGUGGCUGUUUGUAACCCCCUCCUCUAUACAGUGGCCAUGUCCCCAAAGCUGUGUGCUUUGUUGGUGGCUGCAUGCUACUCUUGGGGUCUAGUGUGUGCCUUCACAUUUAUAUAUUUUGUGUUAACCUUGUACUUUUGUGGGACAAAGUUAAUAUACAAUUUUGUGUGCGAGCAUUCUGCCAUUGCUUCUGUGUCCUGCUCAGAUCCCCACAUUAGUCACGUGAUCCUUUCAUCCUUUGCCACAUUCAAUGAAGUAGGCAGUCUGGUGAUCGUUUUUACCUCCUAUGUUUUCAUUUUUGUCACAGUCAUGAGAAUGCCCUCCACUGCAGGUAGAUACAAAGCCUUCUCAACAUGUGCUUCUCAUCUGACUGCUAUUACUAUUUUCCAUGGGCCCAUCCUUUUUCUCUACUGUGUUCCUUCUGACAAAAGCUCGUGGUUGUUGAUAGAGAUAGCUUCUGUCUUUUACACUGUGGUCAUCCCUAUGCUUAAUCCAGUGAUUUAUAGUCUCAGGAACAAAGAUGUGAAGCAGGCAGCCUGGAGGAUAAUCAAUUCCCAACUCUCCUGUCAUAAAAGUUGA